AUGGAGAGCGCGUCGGUUUACCAAUGCUGGACGCUGCAUGCCGGUCACAAACGGAUGGUCGCCCUAUGCCUCGGAUGUCAGUUCAGCGAGAAGAGAACGCGGGUGAAGCAUGUCGGGUACUUCGGUAUCAGAUGUUACCUUGAGGAGCAACCACGACAGCGCGACCAGAUGGCGAUUGAAUACGACAUUCAAGUCUCGAAUAUCCUAGGGCAUCAAAUUGUUUGGCUCAGAUAUUUGUUGCCUAGAACACAGCAGUAUCCUUACACACAGUCAUAG